AUGGCGUCUUCUGAUGUGCAGCCGCAAAAUCAGUAUGAGUUUACAGACCUGCGAAAUAUCACAGAAGGGCGUCACAACGUCAUUGCUGUGGUAAAAUUUUUUAAACCCCCCAAAAAAACUCGUGGCAGUGGUUUCUCUAUGUUUGUAUCCAUAAGUGAUCCAUCCUUAAAGGGGGAUAAAUUCAGUGUCACUAUCAUUAAUAACAAUGUGGAAAAGCUGCCUCCGAUACGUUCUCCAGGCGACAUUGUAAUAAUGCACCGGUUAAGCGUAUCGGAUUUUCGUGGACGAUUACAGGGUUACGGCUCGGAAAGCAUUGGAUUUGCUGUGACCGUUUUUCCCGGAGCAAUAGACUCUUUGUUAAUUCCCUACGAACCUACCUCUGCUUGCACCUUUACUGACGUGGACUUGUCUCGGGUAAAAGAACUGCGGAAUUGGUAUAAUUCACCCGAUUGCCCUCUCGAGAAGGAAGGACUGCAAUUGUUGAAUCAUCCCGAGGUGGAACAGGAUAUGCAUAAUCUUUCUCGAAUUCAUUCAGUCAAGUUAAACUCAUUCUUCAACACGGAGGCUCAGGUGGUUGCAAUAUACUCUUAUCCAUCAGAAGUCAGCAACGAUCUCAUCCUUUGUAUAUGGGAUGGUGAGCCUCCAAAUGACAACUUACAUCUGCUUCCAUUUUACAAGCAUUCUGAUCUGGAGCACCCGCCUUCUCCAGAUGGAUUGCUGAUGGAUCCACGCCUUUCCUGUAUCACAAAACAUUCCUUUUCCUCAGAAGUGGUCGAUUGGUCUGUAUGUGUUUUCAUCUUUGACGAACAUGCGGAAUCUAUCAGAUCUCUGAAACCUGGGGCUUUUGUACGCCUUUUCAACCUCCACUGCAUCCCCAAGUACAAUCCGGACAAACGCAAAGUGGAAAUGCACGGAGGUGGACACCGCUAUGGGCGUAGGAUCGAGGUGCUGACAGAAGAAACGGCUUCAAUGGAUUUGCUAGAAAGGCUGAGGCUCGGUGAGAUGUCACGACGACCGAUAAACGCCGCUUCAUUGUGGCCUGAUAUGAAUUGUCUUCCUGUGAUGACAAUAGCACAAUUUUAUGAGGUCUUCAACAAACGGAAGUCCACAGAUCUCGGAAGUAUUAGUGAAUCAUCAUCCCUCUCUCCACCGAGUCGUAUUCGGUUGGCCGACGUCUCAGGACGCAUGCCUGUGGUGGUCUCCACUUCUGGUGUUGAGGCAUUGAUUGGAACUCAUUUUCCAUCGCUUCAUGCAUGUUUAAGAACCAUUCUCAACGGCGCGACUGCUGAGGAGAGAGCCGAAGCCGCGGAGGCAAUCAAAGAGGCUUGGAGUGCUUGCAUCGAUGGUUGGGUCGAUGCAAGACUGUUGGCUUUGCAAAACAAUUGUAAUGAUGAAUUUGAAAUGGUUUAUCUAGACGGUUGA